CUCUGAUAUCUAUUGAUCGAAUCUUCGACCGAAUCACCGACGGCAAGUGGUACCGACACUCGCGUUUCUGACGAUGUCCGGUUAGUUCGGCGCACACGAUGUUCGUAAACAUCACGGGCGUAAAUCGAAAAUUAUAAUGCGCGUCGAAAGUUGCGAUGUACGUUUUUGGACGGCGGCGGCGUUCACGUUGGCCGUCGCGCACGUUCCGCCGGUGGAAAACGCGAGGAUAUUGGCCGUGGAGACGUUCCCGGGCAAGAGCCACUGGAACUUCGUGAGCGCCGUCCUCCGAGCGCUGACGGACGGCGGGCACCACGUCACCGUGUUCACGCCGUUUCCGGAGGGCGACCGGGCCAACUACACGGAAGUGGACACGUCCGACCGUUUCGCGAAAGUCAUCGCCAUGGACCUGACGGCGCUGAAGCGGUUGUUCAGCAACCCGCUGACGAUCGUUGCGCAAACGAUGAAGAUGUUUCGGGCGGACUGCGACAGCAUUUACGGCGACCGCCGGCUGACCGAUCUGCUGGCCGACGACCCGGCCGCGCGUUUCGACGCGAUACUCAUCGAACCCGGUCCGCCGGCCUGUCUGACGUACGCCGCGGUCGGCACCGGGUUGCCGGUCGUGCACGCGGUGCCCAAUCCGAAGAAGUACUACGCGGACCGCUGGACGGACGGCGAAGUGUCGAACCCCGCGGCAGUCACCACGAUGAUGGCCCGACAGGCCGUUCCCAAAACUUUCGUGCAGCGGUUCACCAACACGCUGCUGUCGCUGUACAUCGAACUGGCCGGAGUCGUGUUCGACUCCGCGAUGUUCGCCGUCGGCACGGCGCCGCACCACGCGCACGCGCCCGUCCCGCCGUCCGUGGUGUUUAACAACGGCCAUUACAUUAGCGACGCGCCGAGGCCCGUUUCGCCGAACACUGUAAACGUGGGCGGCAUUCAUUUGAAACCGGUCGGAAGUCUACCGAAAGUAUUAUUACAAUUGUUCUGUUUUUUUUUUUUCCGGCUCGACGGCCAAACCGUUUUGCACGUUACGAACAGUCGCCAUAGUUGUCACAAUUACCGACGACUACUGUACACCAUUGGAACAGCGGUGUUAUUUUGGGGGGCCCGGUGCCGGUUUUCCGAACUGUCUACAGUUUCGUAAAAUUUUCAACAUCUCAACGACCGCCUUGAAUUCAAGUCACUCUUACAUUGAUCUACUGCCCGACGACCGUUCGACGAGGAAGGGACAACGGCAUUUUUACGGGCGAAAAAAUAACUCCGGGAAUAGCAUAAAACGCAUUGUCGAUUUGAUAUUUUAACACAAUCGACAUUAUUCAACAUAAUAUUUACAUGUAUUCUUUUUGAACCCGACGAACAACAACAUUUUACAAACCCCAUUCAACUCCGAUGGUCAAAAACGCGUUAAACGUAGACUUAUUGAAAAAUCCGAAUUUACGAUUAAAUAGACUGUACACCUCGGACGCAUGCAUUUAAAACCGUCGUUCUUUAUUUUUCGUCUUCUUCGCCUUCAUCUCAACAAUCGGGAACAACGUCGGUCAGCGACCUUCGUCUUAAACUUCCGCUUGACCGGAUCUCUCACCUCCCAUACACCGGCUGUCCUCGUAAACCUUCUCAAUCGUAUUUUUAUUUUGAUUGAAAUUCUCACGGCCAUAACUGCCGUUCAUCAUAAAUCCAUAAUAUAAUAAUAAUAAAAAAAUAAUUCUGCAUGACUUUAUAUCGUUCAUUCGACAUAUUUUCUGGGUUACAGGAUAUAUUAGAAUUCAUAGAGGACUCUCCGCACGGAGUCAUUUUGUUCACGUUCGGUUCCACUGUUUUAAUGUCUUCAUUGCCGAACCAUAUGAAAACUGUUAUUAUUGAAGCACUCGCCCAGUUACCGCAGAGGGUUUUGUUAAAAUACGAAGACGAAAUGGAAAACAAACCGGACAACGUAAUGAUCAGAAAGUGGUUGCCUCAACGUGAUAUACUCGGUAAGGCGUGCAAUCGUAUUAUGAACCGGACAGAGCAAAACUAAAAAUAGCGUAGAAUAUUCUGUGCGCAGUAAAUGGAUUAUUAAUAUAAAAAUAUACCAUAGCUUCGUUUAUUUUAUUUUAUGAUACCGUUUUUUUUUUUUUUGAUUAUUGCGACCCCGUCCAGUGCGUAUCGUGAUUUUUGUGCACCUAUGCCUAUUAUUAUUUAAAGUAAAUAAUUAUGUAAAUAAAAAAAAUGUAAAAAUAAAAAUAGAAUAAAUUAAUUAAUCAACGCGUCGCCUGGAGUAUUAUGAUAAGUGCAUUAAAAGGAAUACAAUUUUAAAUAAUCUCUCCUGUUAAAAUAAAUUAUUUCUAUAUUUUAUGUAAAACAACCAAUUUGUAUAAUUUUUUUUUUUUCUACGUAAUCCUUUAAAUUUUUCAUAUUCAGUCGCGUUUUACGUUUUGAUUGUGAUGUAUCCGAUGAUGAAUUUCGGAAAUUCGAAACCGGUCGUAUGAUACACAUAUCAUAAUACUCCAGGUGACGCAUUGAAUAAUUAAUUAAUUUUUUUUUUUUUUUAUGUAUACAUUUUUUAUUUGUAUAUUUAUUUAUUUUAUUUACUUACGAGUAUUAAUCAUUUAAAUAAUUGUGUUUUUACUUAUUAUUUUAUUGCCUAUUAUUUGAUACAAAACCAACAUUUUGCCAUCUUAUUUUUGUUUAUUAAAAGCGCACCCAAAAGUCAAACUGUUCGUAAGCCACGGGGGAAUAUCCGGAGUGUACGAAGCAGUGGAUGCCGGCGUUCCCGUCCUGGGAUUUCCGUUGUUCGCCGAUCAGCACAGGAAUAUCGACAACUUAGUCGAAGCGGGCAUGGCCAUUUCCAUGGAAUUGUUUUCCGUGACUACGGGCACGUUAUUUAAAAAUCUUGUGGAACUCGUAAACAACGAAAAGUAACGCGGCACUGAUAACGUUUUAUAAUAAAUCGUGAUUGCAAGUUUAUACGCUUUGGUAGGUACGCGAAAAACGCCAAGAUCGCUUCGGACAUAUUCAAAGACCGUCCGAUGUCACCUCAACAAUCGGUAGUUUACUGGGUGGAGUACGUAAUUCGCCAUAAAGGAGCACCGCAUUUAAAAUCGCAGGCUUUCAAUUUGACGUGGUACGAAUACUUUUUGUUGGACGUGAUCGCCGCCGUGUCAAUUUCGAUUGCGACCGUUUCUUACGCGAUUUUUAGGUUGUUCAAAAUUGUCUUUCAGUAUUCGUUUAAACGUCCACGUACCGCGAAAAUCAAACCCGAGUAAUAUAAAAUAUUACAGGUACCUAACCUGUAACUAUUUCGCUUCCGUUAUAAUAUUACACAUUGUAUAGCUUCCGUUUGUAAAUUUGCAGGUAUCUGUUUUCAUUGCGAUCAUGAUGUAACAAUAUUAUACGAACGUAUCCAUUGUAUUGCACCUAUAGUCCAUCUUAUUUCCAUAGUUAAGAGUAAUGACUAAAUGUAUAAAAUGAAAAAAACAAAUUCGAAGUUUCGAUAUUAUUCGUAUGAACCUUAGUUAGAUUAAGUUAGGUUACGUUAUUUAAAACUUUGUUCAGUAUCUACUGGAACUUUAAAAGGAAAAAAAAAAUUAAUUAUUUUCUCUUUGUUAAAUAAUGAUUAUUUAGUAAUAGCUGGAAAUCAUAAAAUAAACAAUUAUAAAUUAUUUAACGUACAAAUUAUGGCAUUUAAAAACGAUCUAAAAUUAAGUACACAAAAUCGGAAAAACACCACGACUAAAACCGUUUGUUUUUACUAAUUGAUUUAGUGUAAGCAUAUGAAAAUUCACGGCAACAUUUUAUGCAAUGCAAACUAAUAAUAAUUAACGAUAAGAAUAACUAAUACUUAUAAAAUUUUAGAUUCUGAAUGGAACGAGGAAUGUUGGUUUUACAAUCAUGUUUAUUUUUUUUUUUAUUUUGUCUAUGAAUAAUUUUUGUACCAGAAAUCUAGCUCCAAUUUACAAGUGUAACACAUUUUUUCAAAAGAAAAUCUGACUGGGAUGGUACUUUAAGGAGGUCAAUUUUUGAUCUUCUCAGAAAUGUUACCAGUUAAAGG